UGUGAACUGUGCUGUAGGUAACACGUUAAAUGCGCUAUAAUCAUUUCGUCCUCGCAACGCCCGCUUACUUUCCUUAUUAGCGGCUGUUGAACUUUGUAUUUCGUAUUGUGCGAAUUGUAAAACCCGGCAAAACUGUUGGUGAUGUUGUCUUUCAGUGUUGUUGUUUCCUUUGCCUAUUGGUGAAAGUAGUUUUGGCGGUAAAAUGUGAAAUUAGCGGGACGUUAUUACAUACAUACUUGUUUUCUGAAGUUUUGGAUAAAUAACAAGAACAAAGCUUCGAAGGAAGUUAUAAUGUUAUUCGCGUGGUGCGUGCUUGCGUGCGUGACGGCGGCGGAUGCGCUGCGUGUCGGGGCUGGCAUAGCUGACGUCACUGGCCCACCGGCUGAAAUUGCUUUUAUGGGCUAUGCUCAACUCGAGCAGAUCGGGCAUGGAAUUCACCUGCGUCAGUUCUCAAGGGCCUUCGUGAUAGAAGAUAACAGUGGGGACACUGUUAAACGACUGGUCUUCGUGUCGGUUGAUGCUGCGAUGAUGGGACAUGGAGUUAGGAAAGAGGUAAUAAGACGGCUGCAGAAGCGCUUUGGCGUAAUUUACAACGAGGAUAAUGUGAUCAUCAGCGGCACCCACACUCACUCCACUCCUGGAGGAUUCCUGAUGGAUUUCCUCUUCGAUCUGCCCAUCCUUGGAUUCGUGAAGGAGACGUACAUAGCUUAUGUCCUUGGAAUUUAUAAGAGUAUAGUAAUAGCUCACAGCAGGCUGACGUCGGCUCGGAUAAAAUACGGCGAGGCUGAACUUCUAGAUGCGAAUAUCAACAGAUCUCCGAAAUCAUACUUGAACAAUCCGGCAGAAGAAAGAUCAAAAUACAAAUACGACGUGGAUAAGACGUUGUCUCAAGUGAGAUUUCUUGCAACGACGGGUGAGGUCAUCGGCGUGAUCAACUGGUUCGCCGUCCACCCGACCAGCAUGAACAACACCAAUAGGCUGGUGUCCUCGGACAACGUCGGAUACGCUUCGAUACUCAUGGAGAAGGCUCUGAAUGGGAACAAUACGUUACCGGGGAAAGGCGCAAUAGUCUGCGCGUUCGGGUCAACGAAUCUCGGCGACGUGUCCCCCAACACGCGCGGGCCGCACUGCGAGCGGAGCGGCCGGCCGUGCGACCAGCAGGAGCAGCUCUGCGGAAAUAAGGAGCGCUGCUUCGCGUCCGGCCCCGGCAGGGAUAUGUUCGACAGCACUAGGAUCAUCGCUACCAAACUAUUCGAAACAGCCAUGAAAGUUCUCAGACAGCCCGGGGAAGAUUUAACUGGCACAGUGGCCGUGGCCCACCAGUACGUCAAGAUGCCAGAUGAAGAAGUCCACCCAUUCGAUCCUGUGACAGAAACAUUUAACAUUAGUGUAAAAGUGAAGGGCUGUCUCCCGGCCAUGGGGUAUAGUUUCGCAGCAGGAACCACUGACGGGCCAGGGGCGUUUGACUUCAAACAGGGAACUAAAACAUCUAACCCUCUCUGGAACGCCGUGAGGGACUUCAUAGCCGAGCCGACGGAGGACGAUGUACAGUGCCAAGCUCCGAAGCCCAUCCUGCUGGCCACCGGAAGGGCUAAGUUCCCUUACGAGUGGCAGCCCCGGGUGGUGUCGUGCGCGGUCGCCAGGAUCGGCUCGUUGUACUUGGCGGCCGUCCCCGGGGAGUUCACCACCAUGUCCGGGAGGAGAUUGCGGAACAUCAUCUCCAAGACCGCCCCACGACCUAACCGGGUCGUCAUAGCCGGCCUCUCCAACAUAUACUCGGACUACGUGGCUACCCCUGAGGAGUACCAGGUGCAAAGAUACGAAGCGGCUUCAACCAUCUACGGGCCCCACACAUUGGACAUCUACCUGAACAAAUACCUUGAACUCACCGAGGCUCUACUCGAGAAUAUAACCCCCGAGUCUGGUCCGGACCCUCCUGACUUGAGCGGCCAGCUGAUCACUCUGGUGCCCCCCGUGCUGUGGGACUCCGCCCCCUGGAGGAAGGAGUUUGGAGACUGCGUGCAGCAGCCGCAGUCCAGCUACAGCUACGGGGACGUGGUGGUAGCCUCUUUUGUGUCGGGACACCCACGGAACAGCGUCCGCCACGGCCGCUGGUACAUGGCCGUAGAGAAACUCGAAUCGGAGAUCGAUGACGCCUGGACUGUCGUCGCGACUGAUGCGGAUUGGGAGACCAAAUUCACCUGGCACCGUGACUCCAAAGUCUUGGGAACGAGUCACGUGGAACUCGAAUGGGAGAUACCCCCCGGGACUCCCCCCGGUACGUAUCGGCUCCACCACUACGGGAACUACAAGUACGUUUUGGGUGGGAUAUACCCAUACCACGGCUUCACUGAUAGCUUCAAGGUCUCAUAAAUGUGUUUUUUUUUUUAUUAAGAGGUCACAUAUAAUAUUUAAUGUUUUUUUUUGUCAAAUUUAAAAUGAAAAUGUAAAUAAUCUUCUUUUGUAAACAUAUUUGUCAUUCGAUUUCGAGGUCAAUUGAAAUGUAAUCGUGUCCAACAAUAUUUUUGUUGUUGAAUGAGAUUACGUUGCACUGAACUUUUAAUUUUAAUGUAAUUUAAGGAACAUUUUAUGUUUUCUUUGUCAAACUUCAAAUGAAAAUGUAAAUAUUCUUCUUUUGUAAGCAUUUUUGUCAUCCGAUUUCGAGGUCAAUUGAAAUCUACUCGGGUCCAACAAUAUUUGUUGUUGUUGAAUGUUGCACUGAACGUUUAUUUUUCAUUUAAUUUAAGGUCAUUUUGAUAUUUUGAUUUAGUUGUAUAUUUUUUAUUUUUUGUUCAAAUAAAACAAACAUUACUAUAAGGGUUAAAUUAAGGGUUAAUGAUAUAGAUUUAGUUUCAAUUAUUUCAUAGGCCAAUUUUGAUACUAGUCUUACCCGUAAUACGUAUAUAAUUACGCCUAUAAUUAAUUAACUAUAUACAAAAUAAAAUUCUUUGCAAAAAAUUACCAAAGACUAAAAAUAGUUGUCCUUUGUAAAAAUGUAUUAUUCUUGUAAAUGUUAAUAGGGCCCCCAAUUUGCUAAUGAUAAACUUUAAGUUAAAAUUUCAUAAUGAGUACAUUAAAAAGGAUAUUACAAUUGAAAAUAUUUUAUUAUUAUUAAUAGAUUUAUAUACAACACGCUCUUGAAUCAUGUUGUUUUUUUUGUAUUAUAAUAAUUUAGAGUAUUUUUAUACCGAACGCCUGUUUCUUGUGCCAACGCAAACUUGUAUUUGUGAA